UAUUGUGGCUGUUGUAACUUCAGUUUGCCGGCGACAUUAUAAAUACAAGUGGCCGAAGGCGCGGCGCAUAAGUCUGUUGCGAUUGCACGCUAUUGCACGCGAAGGCGGGAAAAGUUUGACGUUUCCAGAAAAGUCGCCAUGUUUGUUUUCAAGGCUGCACUCCUGCUGGCGGCAUUGUCCUGCGCCGCAUCCCAGCAGGGCCCCACCACGACCCCGGUGCCCAUCCUCAAGCAGAUCAACCGGCAGAAUGACGAUGGCUCCUACAGCUUCGGAUAUGAAGCGGCCGACGGCUCCUUCAAGAUUGAGACCAAGUAUCCCAACGGAGACGUCGCCGGGAAGUACGGUUAUGUCGACGAGACAGGCAAGCUGAGAGAGAUUUCUUACGGCGCGAGCAGUAAAAGAGGAUUCGAGCCGCAAGGAACCGGAAUCAUGGUCCCCCCUCCGACGUUAAACGACCCAUCGUCCCAUAACGCUCUCACCGACGGCCAGGAGGAUGACGGACAAUACCGGGAAGACCCGAAAAUUUACGAAGACCCGAAGUACAACGGCCGCUCCCAAUCCCGCCCGAGCGCUAUCAGGCAAUUCUUGAAGCCAUCCCAGCCUGAACCUCAAUACCAACAGCAGACUUAUCAGCAGCCUCAACAAUACCAGCAGCAGCAGUACCAACCUCAACAGUCAUCUGCUUUCCGCUCGGGUCCACUUUUCUCCCAGCAGACCAGUCUUUUCAACCAGGCCCCUCAAACUUUCCCUCAGGAAAGAAAGCAGAACCAAAUCUUCCAUCAGCAGCCCCAGUUCUCUUACCAGAUCACUUCGCAGCCUCAGUAUAACCAGUACCAACCACAAUACCAGCAGCAGUACCAGCAACCGCAAAACUACCAAAAUUAUCAGACACAAAACUACAAUCCUUUCACAGGACACCCGGCGCAGAAUUUCGACCCCAACACGGGGUCGUACACUAUUGACUUCACUGGUUAAUUUUAGUAAGAGAUAGGAUAUCCUAAUAGUGAAAAUCAUGUUCGGCAUGUUAUCAGGCUGGUUUAUUUACAAAAUUCGAGAACGGUUUUAAAUACACUGCCUCUGAACUGAUACGCCUUUACAAAUUGUUAGAGUAUACAUACGAUAUUCUAGAAAAGGUACGUAAGAAUAUUUUAAGAAAAAAAUAAGUACCUUUAUGAAUUGGUUAUCUCUGGUUACCCGUAUCAGAUUUGACAAGAGCAAGUAGUUUGACAUAAUAGAUUAAUUUUAAUCGGUCGGAAUUUAUUUCUGUGGUGGGGAAAUGCGCAUGUCUCGAUAUUUAAAUCUUUGAUCAGAAAAUAUUUCUGAAUAAGUUGGAAUGUUGAAAAAGGGUUGUUUUUUGUAAUAUUUUUUUAAAUUGAUAUUAGAUUGUUCUCGUCCGAAACACGUACUUACCUAUUAAAAUAUUGGAUAAAUAAAUCAUCUUGACAUUACUAAGCUAUUGGUACCAAAGCAUGGCAGUCUGCUUUCCGACAGUUUGUAAAUUGCGCCAUUGACAAUGUGUCCCAAAGCGGCAGUCAGAUUUAAAAAAUCUGUUAUUGAUUUGAUAAUGAUAUUAUAUCAACUCUCUACGCAUCGAGCUCGGGCCAACAAAUGAGCUCGAUGAAGAUACGCUCUAUGAGUAAUAUCAAAUUAAGCCCACAUUUUUAAAAUCUGAAUGACCCUUCUACAUUUAAACUUAUGUUAUAAGGUGUUAUCUACCCAAAGCAAUACAACCGAUUUUUUUUAUUUUGUAUAUUUAGUGCUAGUCAAUUAUAAUGAGUAGAUCUAAUUUUGGCUUUAAUCUAAUUAGAGUUUGUUCGGAAAGAGAAGAGUCGUGGAAUCUAUUGGGCCUAAUGCGUUCCACGACUCUUCUCUUUCCGCACAGACUCUACUGUAACUAUACUUCGAUUUUUAACAUUAGAAAAAAGGUAAACAAUCUUGACAUGUAUCUUCAUAGAAAUGCUUUUUAAAAAUUAGUUUAUUUUACUUAUGAAAGAAAAUAAUGUAAAUAAUCGGAUAUGAGAUAUAAUUAAUUGUUGUGACAUAUUUGCUGUGACUUAUUUUACGAAAGUGUUUUUUAAGAAAAAGACACAUUUAGAUCGCUUACCUUCUGUCUAAUGUUAAAAAAACUAACUUUAAUGUAAAGUAAUCAAUUAUCAUUUGUAUUGUGUUAUAGGUGUUUACGCAUACGAGUAUUAUGAAGCACAUAGAAUAUUGUAGGUAUAUAUGUAUGUAACCUAACUCAGUAGGUCCCUACACUCAGUUUACAUUAAUACACUAAUUAAAUUAUUGCACAAUCUAUAUUUCAAUGCUUUCAAUUAAAUAUUCCCUACGUUGAUUUUAUAAAUAUUAUAUGAAAGGGAUGAGCAAAACUUAGUACUUUUAGAUUUGUUUUCCAGUAGGUCGUGCGUUAGAAUCCCGCUUGAAGCUGUAAGUAUACAUGUUCCCUAACUAACGUAAUAGUAGGCGUUUCUGUUUAGUAAUUAAAAUUCAUUCCUGGAACAUAUUUCACAACAGUAGGAUAUAAUAUCAAGUUGAUACGCUACGUAUAUGUUAAUAUAAAAGGUUUGUUAAUAUAAUAUAAAGCUGUCUCGAACCACACGCAAAACGCCUAGGGUAACGGCACCAGUCAUGGGACAUUUAAGAGCAAAUUUGUAGUAUUUGUGACAUUUCCCUGAUACAUGUAAAAAUUCUACUUCUUAGCGUGUUAAAAGUUGAAUGUCCUAUCCGUCUUUUAUGUUUCAGGUGUAUUGUACAAAAGAUACUGCAAUUAGUUUCCACAUAAUCAACAAAUUAAAACUACGUUUUUUAUCUCCAGUCAUGGACCACAAAGCUCCAGUGAUGGAAACCCGGUAACCGAAAGGAACCAGUGAUGGUUCCCCUAUAAUGGGACAUGAGUUCAUGACUGAUGAAAAAUCGAUAUUAAUUUAAAAUAAAUAUAUUUAAUUCAAUAAUCCAAUAUAUUAGGGCUCAUUUAGACGGAGAGAGAGGAGUCGAUUCAUUAUAUUGCGGUAUUUGAUCGGUCGGCAGUAGUCAAUGUAUUAUACUCGUAUUAUAACCUCAAUAGUCCGCAAUGUAGCUAAAAUCCCAUGCGGGUUUGCGCGCCGUCUAAAAAAGACCUUAAGGUACCGUUCGUAUUUAGACAUUUCAAACUGCACCAGCAUUACUGCAGUAGUAUUGCAGCGCGACAUGACUGCCGACUGCAUUGCUGCCGCAGAAAUGCGGCCAGCAGUAAUGUCGCGUUGCAAUGCUGCUGCAGUAUUGCUGCUGACUAUCAUACCUUACUGCCACAAUUGUCAAAUUUUAAAAUAGCUGACAUGUUUGUUCACUACAUUUUACUUAUGUAUUCUUUAAACAUGAAAUUACGGCAUGGCAAACAUAUAUAAGAUUGUCCUAUCAUGUGAGAUAUGCAGUUUUACAGCUCCUAUAAUGGGAUUGGGCAAAAUUUAUAUAUAUUUUAUUACAUCUCUGGAGUAACAGUAACAUAAUGUGUUUUAUACCUAAUAUCAUGGUAAAUGCAAUUAACAAAACACAUUCUAAUUUAUACGGAGUAAAUAAUUUAUUAUAAUUUAAAAUACGUUCUCACCUCUCUUAGCGGAGUUGUUAAGAAUUCUUACUGAUUAUUUUUUCAGUUCCACGACAACUUUUGGCUUGACGCCAAUUUCUUAAGAAAAAAGCAAAUUUAAUGAAACACCAAACUUAAGUAGCUCUAUGACUUGUUUAUGGUAAAAUGUUGCUAGUGUUUAUAAACUGGUUUUAGAUACUAAUUUUACAAAACUUGUGGGUUUAUGUCCCAUUACCGGUUCCAGCUCCAUUAUAGGGGUAUCUACUACAGCACGAAGAAAUUAAAUUUGCAAGAUAUUGUGUGUUGUAUAAUAGGAGAGUCUACAUAUACGUAUAUUUAAUAUAGUCGCGUGUACAUAAACCAGGCUUGUCACAUUACUGUAAUUAGCAUACAUAUUUUAUCACAUAGUUAUUGUAACAAGCUAACAUUCCCACUGCAAUGCUUUCUUAUGAAACAACCAAUAAACGAUCAAUUAUUCUACGCUGCGUUUGCACAUGACGCAAAAUGGCCGACGAGACGCGUGCCGAUUGUAAAUAUCGAUUAAAUAAAUGUUACGUGUA